AUGGCAGAAGCAACAAAGAGGUAUGCAGUUGUCACAGGGGCUAAUAAAGGGAUUGGAUUUGGCACAGUUAAGCAGUUGGCUUCAAAUGGGGUCACUGUGGUGUUAACUGCUAGAGAUGAGAAGAGGGGUCUUGAAGCUGUUGAUAAAUUGAAAGAGUUUGGCCUCUCUGACCUUGUGGUUUUUCAUCAGCUUGAUGUUACAGAUCCUUCUAGCAUUACUUCCUUGGCAGAUUUUGUCAAAACACAAUUUGGGAAACUUGAUAUCUUGGUAAACAAUGCAGGAAUGAUUGGAAACCAAAUAAAGCCUGAAGAUUUUAGAUCAGCUGUAAGUGGUAAGAAGCCUGAAGAAAUCCGUUGGAAUGCAAUACCGACGGCACCGAACUACAAGUUAGCAGAAGAAGGCCUGAAAACAAACUACUAUGGUACCAAAAGAGUGACUGAAGCACUUUUGCCCCUCCUCCAGCUCUCUGAUUCACCAAGAAUCGUUAAUGUUUCUUCCGGUGUUUCUAAGCUUGUGAUUUUUCCAAAUGGAUGGGCUAAAGAGGUGCUAAGUGACGCCGAAAGCCUUACAGAAGAGAGAAUAGAUGCAGUGUUGGCUGAGCUUUUAGAAGACCUUAAACAAGGUUUGGUAGAAAACAAAAGCUGGCCAACUAUCUUUCCACCCUAUACAGUCUCAAAAGCAGCUGUGAAUGCAUACACUAGACUUCUGGCCAAGAAGUACCCCAACUUCUACAUCAAUUGUGUGUGCCCUGGAUUUGUCAAGACAGAUAUAACCUUCAAUACUGGCACCUUAACCAUCGAAGAAGGUGCUGAAAGCCUUGUCAGGUUGGCGCUACUUCCCAAUGGCGGUCCUACUGGCCACUUCUUUUUAUGCAAAGAAGCAACCCCGUUUUGA